CUUGGGAGCAAUUUCUCACAAAGAUGAGGCUGGUAAUCCUUGAUAACUAUGAUCUGGCAAGCGAAUGGGCUGCAAAAUAUAUCUGCAAUCGCCUCAUCCAAGCCAAGCCAAGCCAAACCAGGUAUUUUACUCUUGGUUUACCAACAGGAAGUACACCUUUGGGCUGCUACCAGAAGCUUAUUGAGUAUCAUAAAAAAGGAGAUCUCUCUUUCAAAUAUGUGAAGACAUUCAACAUGGAUGAAUACGUAGGGCUCCCCAGAAAUCAUCCGGAGAGCUACCAUUCUUACAUGUGGAACAAUUUUUUUAAGCAUAUUGAUAUCAAUCCAAGCAACGCUCAUAUUCUCGAUGGGAAUGCUCCAGACUUGAAGGCAGAGUGUGAGGCAUUUGAAAAAAAGAUUGAAGAAGCUGGAGGAAUCGAUCUGUUUGUUGGAGGCAUUGGUCCAGAUGGCCACAUUGCUUUCAAUGAACCAGGCUCCAGUUUAGUCUCGAGAACAAGACUGAAGACACUAGCUAUGGACACCAUUCUGGCAAAUGCAAAAUACUUUCACGGAGACUUAUCUAAAGUUCCAACUAUGGCUUUAACAGUUGGUGUGGGAACAGUGAUGGAUGCUAGAGAAGUAAUGAUUCUAAUCACUGGAGCGCACAAAGCUUUUGCCCUGUACAAGGCGAUUGAAGAAGGGGUCAACCAUAUGUGGACCGUUUCAGCUUUUCAGCAACAUCCUCACACCAUCUUCGUCUGUGACGAAGAUGCAACCUUGGAACUACGAGUUAAAACUGUGAAAUACUUUAAAGGUUUAAUGCAUGUGCACAACAAACUUGUGGAUCCCCUGCACAGUAUGAAAGAGCAGGAUUGAAAGAGAAACCAAAGCUGGAAUC